CUGGAGCAAUCAUCAAAUCAGGAACUGAACCAAGGAACACCAAUUUCAGACCCAUACUUAAAGAUCCUUUGCCGUGUUGUUCAUGUUCGUUUUCUGGUAUGCUUGCUCAUUUGCAGCAUUUAUUUUUCCUGAAAAUUCAUAGAUUAGUUUCAUCGUUAAGCAUUUUGGAUUAUGGUUGCCUAGGCUGUAGAGAAAAGUCCAUGAUUGAUUAAUGAAAGAGUGUAAUGACUUUAUUUGGCAUUUUUAGUAUCGCAAUUGUCCCCAAGAUUUUGUUCUGUUAUAUUCUGCAAACAGGUGUAAAAUUUGUUUGAAAAUAUGCCAUUGCCUACACAUGCGAAGAAAGUAGACGGAUCUGAAUUAGACAAUAUUAAUAGUUAGUUGAAGUUUUUUGGACAUAAUAUACAUUGGUUCAGUCUUGGAACAUAAAUGAUGUCUGACAUGUGAUUAUUGGUUCACAAUGGGCUCAAAAUCUUAACUUUUGUAUAUAGUAUAUACUACUUAUAAAUGUUUCAGCUAGCUUCAGGUUUUCUUCUACAGGUGUUUUUUGACUGGUCCGUUAGCAUUAGAAAUGUGAAUAAACCAAGUCUAGAAUUGCAUUUCUCGUGAUAGACAGACAUGUUUUUCCUGUUUUGCUGAUUUAUGGGAAGCUUCCAAUCUUGUAUUUCUGUUUUGGUGUGAAUAUUGGAGGAUCUUGAUUAUGCAAAUCAGCAACUAUGAUAUUGAGGAAUAGACUUUCUGCUAUUAUAUACUGGGAUCAAGUGCACAUAGUCCUAUGUUGGAGUCCUCCCAACGCCUGACAAUUUCAGAAAAACAAUGCAGUUCCAACUUGGAGAUAAGCAUUGGAUGAGGAAUUUGCAUCAUAUUUUUGGUAGAAGGCGCACUCACAGUACCAGCUAGUUUAGUUUUGAUUCCUUAUUUUUUAUAGGAGAUGUUCAUCUGUUAUUGAUAUGGGAAUGAGUUAAACAACAGAAAACUUGGACGGAUUUUUACAGUAGUUUCCUUAAGCAUGAUGCAUCAUGGAUUGAUAAGGGGCAAAACGGUUGAGCACAUCUCGGAAGAAGUUUGUGCAGAAAUUAAUUUGUUGCCAAAACAUGAUCAAACAGAGCCAGUAAAUCCUGAUUUUUAUCAUUCUGAGAUUCCAAGGCCCCAAAUCCACUCAUUCUGCAAGGUUUUAACUGCCUCGGAUACAAAAAGUAAUUGGGGUUUGUCUAUUCCUCAAAAGGAUGCUGUGAAAUGCUUUCCUCUUCUGGAUAUGUCUCGAGAUAAACCUAUCCAGGAAUUAGUAGUGAAAGACCUUCCUGGCAAAGAAUGGCGCUUUAAGCAUGUCUUUGGAGGCCACCCGAGGAGACAUCUACUCACUAAUGGCUGGAGUGCAUUUGUUAAUGGUAAAAAAUUGGUUGCUGGAGAUCUAGUUGUCUUCUUAAGGGAAGAGAAUGGAGAUGUACAUGUGGGGUUUAGACAUCUACUUUGUGAGAAGAGCUCAGUUGAAGCGCCAAUAGCUUCCAGCUUAGAUAUCAAAGGAGUGCUUGCUGCUGCUUCUGAUGCUCUUGCAUCCCAGAGACCCUUUUCUGUCUACUGCAAACCCCAAACAAGUCAAUUUAUUAUAAGCUUGAACAAAUACCUGGAAGCUAUUAACCGUGGGCUUGGAGUUAGCAUGACAUUUACGAUGCCAUCUGAAGUUGCAAAUUCUCACGAGAGUUUUACAUGUAUGACGAAUGAAAAAGACCAGAUGCAAAUAAAUCAAUUUUCACAAAAUACAAAUGUGUUUCUUAACGAAGAUGAGGAACACAUGGAAGAUGCGGAGGCCAUAGUCUACUCUCCUCCUCAACAUAGUAUGACACCUUCGGGAAUAGGGGAGAAGAGACACAGUGAUCACACUAUAUACAUUUCUCCUCUGGAAGGCAAUGUAGAGUCAACUUGUGGCACAAGAAAACAUAAUGAGGUAUCAAAUCCUGCGGAAAUAGAAAGCAUCAGAGGUACGGAGGAACCUAAAGCGAUCACGUCAAGUUCUUGGGAUUUCAACCCGAUUCAAGGACUGGAACUGGAGGACACAGAGAUAAUCAAGGAUAUCCUUCCAAUAGUUUCACAGAAUCUCCCUCUGGAUUACACAGUCUCAUCAAACACAGACAAUGAUCACUUCCUGCCCAUUAUGCAAGAUUCUGAGGAGUGGCAAAACUUUCAAGGAACAGAUUUUCCUCUGCAUGGGCAAUCUCCUUCUGAAAACCACAAUAUGCAAAACUUUUUCAAUAAAGAUCAGCAGAACUCUUCCAAAGCUAUGCAUCCCACAUCUAUUUCAAGUCAAAUUCCUUAUGAUGGACCUGGUCAUGCUGACGAGAAAGUCCAUUGGGAGGGUUAUCAUGUGGCUCGACGAUAUAUCCCAAUACUGAACAGGAUUAUCUCGCAGUACCCUAGCACGCUUUCAAGUUUCAAGGCAACAAGUCCCAUUUUCCAAUCAAUGUGCUUGGAGAUUUUGGCGGAGUUAGUUUACUUGCUCGGACAGUUCACCACGGGGAACAUGGACAUCAAAUAUCAUAGUGAAGCUAAACGUUACCUUCGGGACUUGAAACUGAGUGGUAUUGAGAUAGGCUGGCUUGAAAAACGUUUAGCAAAGGUUGAAGACAUAUUUAGCAUGAAAAGAAUAAGCAUACGGAGACAAGAACUUAUCCUUGGAAUUGAAGACACCACGGCAACACUUAGGCUGAUGAAUGAAGAGCUUGGGUCAUUAGAGAAGGAUCUUCAGAAACUGUCAUCCAAUAUUAACCUAAAAAACCCUGCUGAAGAUCAUCCCAUAUUAGAAGGUCUGUUGUGAAUCAAUAAAAUGGCAUUGUGCAAAACUAUUGGAAAGCUCCUUGAGCUAACAUUGGGGAUGAGUUUUAUUUAAUACUUUCCUAACAGUUUCAUAAUAAUUUACUCAUCUUUUUAGCACGGCCUAUGAUCUGUUUUUA